AUGAGUUAUUCAAGAGCAAAGAGUGAUCUUAGUAACUCGUCUGUAAAAUUUGGAUCUCAACGUGCAACAUCUGUGCCAAACGAAAAAUACUAUACUGUGUUAUCAGAACAACCUCAACAACCAUUUGGAUUUGGUUCUCAAGCUCCUGCUCGUCCCGAAGCAAGAUUUCCCGAUGUUCCAGGUCCAGGAAGAUAUGAGCCUCGACCAUCAUCAUUUCAUGUCGAAUCAAUUCGAGGGCACGGUUUAGGAUUUACGUCAAAAAUCCGCAGAAGGCUCGAAUGGCCUUCAAAAGCAAUGAAAACCCCUGCUCCUUCUCAAUACACACCAGAAAAACACUCAUCAGAACUCAAAAUUACAAUUAGUCCAAUUCUUCAAAGACGUUGUUUAUGCUAUCCAGAUGAAAAAGAAGCAUCUCAAACUCCAGGUCCAAGUGAUUAUACCAUCGCUCCCCCACAAAAGCGAAAGGCUCCUUCUUCUGUAUUCAAAUCAAGAUCUGAUCGAUCCAUUUGGGGUAUCCCUGAAAAGCCGAAGCCAAGAUUUGAUGGAAGAACUCUCAUUGUACCUGGUUUCCACUGA